UAAUUUUGAAAUUCCUAUUACUCCAUAGACAACCAAUCACCAUUUCCACUUUACCCAGUACUCAUUCAAGCACAAAUUAAGUCUACUGCAAGACAAAUUUCUUUAGAAAACAAAAAAUGGCUGAGGGUGCAGUUUUCUUUCUACUAGACAAGCUUGCAACCUUACUCCAGGAAGAGGUCAAACUGUUUAGUGAAGUUCGCAAAGAAGUUGUUUACAUCAGAGCUGAAUUCGAGAGCAUGACCGCUUUCCUUAGAGUUGCCGAUUCAAUGGAAGAGAGUGACCCAGAAAUUAAAAUAUGGGUUAAGCAAGUGAGAGAAGUUGCUCAUGACACCGAAGACUUUCUUGAUGUUUUCAUGCUCCGUCUGAUGCCUCGUCGUCACGACGAGAACAGAUACCUUGUUUUUUUUCGGAAGACUUUUCGUUCUCUCAAGAGCGUAAAAGUCCGGCUUCAAAUUGCUUCUGAGAUACAAAGCAUCAAAUCCAGAGUCAGGGACGUUGCUGACAGACAUCACAGAUACUGUCGCAAGUUUGAUAUCUCAAAAGGCGGCUCAAGCUCCACCACUCAUGUGGUAAACAACAACAAGUGGUAUGAUUCGCGAGGUGAUGCACUCCUUGUACCAGAAGCUGAGCUCGUAGGCAUCGACAAGCGCAAGCAGGAGCUGAUUCGUUUGCUGGUCGAUCAGGCGGACGAUUCAGGAGUACUAAAAGUGGUUUCUGUGGUGGGAAUGGGAGGCUUGGGUAAAACCACCCUUGUUAAGAAAGUCUAUGAUGAUGCAGCAGUGAAGAAACAGUUCGAGAGCCAUGCCUGGCUCGCUGUUUCUGAAUCUCCUAAGAUGGUGGAACUCCUAAGAGCCAUGAUUCAACAGCUCUUUGGUGAGAUAAAGCGAUCCGUCCCCCAAGGAUUGCGAAAGAUGGAUAUUAACAGGCUCAAACUGGUUAUUAAUGAAUUUUUGCAGCAGAGGAGGUACUUGGUUGUCUUUGAUGACAUUUGGAGUAUUCAUGAUUGGGAAGCUGUCAAAUAUGCUUUCCCCAACAACAAUUCCGGAAGUCGAAUCGUGCUCACAACACGUUUCGGGGAUAUAGCUUCCACCUCUUGCAAAGCAACUGGUGGUAACGUUUAUCAUUUGCAUCAAUUUUCUCCGGAAGAAUCUUGGAUUCUCUUUUGCAGAAAAGCAUUUCCGGGCGACACCAACUGCCCUCCGCAUUUGGAGGAGAUUUCUGAAAGUAUCUUAAAAAGAUGCGGAGGGUUACCACUUGCGAUCGUGGCUAUUGGUGGUGUUUUGGCAACGAAGAGCCAUUGUAGAAUUGAUGAUUGGGAUAUGCUGAAUCGCAGCCUUGGAGGGGAAUUACAAGGUAACAAUAAGCUUCAGAGCAUGAAAAAUAUACUCUCUCUGAGUUAUAACGAUUUGCCUUGGUAUCUCAAAAUUUGUUUCUUGUAUUUGAGCAUUUUCCCGGAAGAUCACGACAUUGAGUGUAUGAGAUUGAUUCGACUGUGGACAGCAGAAGGAUUUGUGCAAAUCAGGGAAGCUGGAAAGACAAUUGAAGAAGUUGCAGAGGGAUAUCUCUAUGAGCUUCUCAACAGAAGUUUGAUCCAAGUGGCAGAGACAAGUGUUGAUGGAAGGGCCAGAACGUGUCGUAUCCAUGACCUUCUGCGUGAAAUUGCUACUUCCAAGUCAAGAGAUCAAAAUAUUGUAGCAAUACUCGCCAGUGAAGCUGGAAACACACCAUUGCCGGAUAAAGUUCGACGCUUGUCAAUCCAUAACACUACUAAUACGUUGGUAAAUUCUAUGCAACAAAUCGAGCAAUUCUCCCAACUUCGUUCGAUGCUCAUGUUUGGGGUGGUUGAUCCUUUGUCAUCGACACCUACAUUGCUUAGUGGUAAUUUGAAGUUGCUAAAAGUUUUAGACUUGAGAGAUGCUUCUUUGGAGACGGUUCCAGAUGAAGUUUUGAAAUUGUUUCAUCUUAAGUAUCUAAGCUUGAGAGGGACAAAGGUGAAAAUGCUUCCCAAGUCCAUCAGAAACCUUGUAAAUCUUGGAACUUUGGAUCUUAAGAACACCUUUGUUACUGUGCUUCCAAUUGAGAUUCUGAAGCUCCAACGACUUCGCCAUCUCCUGGUGUAUAGGUACGGGACUUUGAUGGAACGAUACCAACAAUUUCACAGUGGAAAUGGUUUUGAAGCAUUAAAGGGAAUUGGUGGUUUGUCGUCCCUGCAGAAGCUUUUUUAUGUCGAGGCAAGUCAUGGUGAUGGUGGCAGUGCUAUAGUUAGCGAGCUAGGGAAGCUGACCCAACUGAAGAGAUUAGGGAUUCUAAAGUUGAGGAGGGAAGAUGGAAAGGGUCUGUGCUCCUCCAUUGAAAAGUUGAGCAACCUUCGUUCACUGGAAGUGACCUCGAUAGAAGAGGACGAGAUCCUUGAUAUUCAAUCCUUGUCUUCAACUCCUCGGUUUCUUCGAGGGCUAUAUUUGCGGGGACGUUUAGAUAAAUUACCAAAUUGGAUACUCUCUCUUCAUAACCUGGUGAAAGUAAGAUUAGAAUGGAGCAAGUUAAGGGAUGAUCCAAUGCAAUCCCUUAAAGAUUUGCCCAACCUGAUGGAGAUUUUCCUUAAAGACGCUUAUGAAAGAGAGGAAUUGUGUAUCAAGGCUGGAGGGUUUCAGAGGCUUAAGACUUUAUACCUUAUCAAAUUAAAAGGAUUGAGAUGGGUGAGAGUGGAGGAAGGUGCUAUGCCUCUUCUUGAAACACUAGGUAUAAAGGAUUGUGAAUUAGUUGAGGAGGUGCCAUCAGGUAUUGAACAUCUAACCAAACUUCAAUCGCUUCAGUUGCUUGAUGUGCAUCAUGAAUUACUUGAGAAGGUGGAUCGAAACAAAAGAGGUGCGGAUUACUGGAAAAUAGCUCAUAUUCCCCAAGUUAAUAUUUUUUACUUUCAAAAUGGUUGUUUAAUGGUGCGAAAUCUGUAGAGAAAAAUUUAUAUAAGAGAGAGAGAGAGAGACAUAAGUUAGGUUGGGCUCAUCCUCACUCGUUACUUUCUGUGUUACUUGUUCCUGUUUCGUCAAUAAAAGCACUUGUAUUACUUGUUCCUGUA